UUCGUGGUGCAUUUAUGACAUAACCUGACAUAUCAAUCCGUGCGUACUUCUCAAAUUAUCCCGUAUGAGCCUCCUAUUCACCAUUCUCUCCCACCUUCCUCUCCGGCUGUUAACCCGCAUCCCAUUCCGCGUCGCUAUCAAAGCCAUGCUGGACUAUUUCGUCAUGGGCAUGGCCAGUGCCCUGGUCAGCUUCCUCGGCGGCAUCCUGGCCACCAAUCCGCACUGGAGUGACUUCCUUACCGAUUUGUCUUUCAUCAUUCUCUACGUCAUCCUGGCCGUGUGCCUGACGCAGGUGCUGUGGAACUCAGUUCGCUGGUCCAGCAAGAACCCGGUGUCCAUGUGCAUGGCCGUAAUGACGGUGGGCGUGGCGGUGACCAUUAUGGGUUUAAUGCACAAGAACCAGCUCUUCACCGAAAUUGUGCAGCAUGUCCGGGUCAUGGCACCGCUGACCAAAGAGUAUCUGCUCAACUGGUUCCAGCCGGCCGCUAAAGUGGCACACGAUGCCGCGCAGUCUGCGCAUAUUAUCGCUUAGCGCAUCAUGUCGCAUCUUUGGUAGUGAUCAUUUUUGCGCUAAUGUUUUUGUUGUGUUUCAUCACUUACUUUCCUGUCGUGUUUAGUUGAAAGUAACAACGUUACUGGCAUGUAAAAUGUGAACGGUGUGUUGUAAUGGCCACACAACAUGGAGUUUCCUUGAUGUACAAAUAUCCGCAGAUGUUGCGAACAUUAGAAAUCGGCGUUAAUUAUCAUUUACGUCAAUCCAAUCAAUCGGUUUGGAGCCUGAGUUCUCUGAAUAGAAUAUGCAUAGACACUUUUUGUUGAAGCACGAUCAGUACUCGUAGUCAAAUUGCAGUAACUGGCAAGUACAGUGACAACAAAAUCAGCAAACGAAAUAAAAUGGUAAAAUGCUUAAAA